CUCGAUUCCUCCAACUAGAGCGACGGGCGGACGGGGAUACUUGAACGCGAACGGGGGGAGCUCGCUGAAGAACCGGCUGGGCUGUCGUCAGUAGCUCACCAUGCCACAAUAUAAACGCUGCUGAGCGUGGGUCGGAAACGAACGGAUUUGCCCCCGCGAGCGGCGAUAGUUGGCGGCCACGCCCCGCAUCCGCACACCGCAGCCCGUACAUAACUGCAGGCGGAGGCGCCACGGUGAGCGGUUGGAAGCCAGCAGGGCGGCUAGAGGAAGCAGGCGCGUCGGAACCAUGAGAGAGUACAAAGUAGUGGUCCUCGGCUCCGGCGGGGUCGGCAAAUCCGCGCUUACCGUCCAGUUCGUGACGGGAUCCUUCAUCGAGAAAUACGACCCCACGAUAGAGGAUUUCUACAGGAAGGAGAUCGAGGUGGACUCGUCCCCGUCGGUGCUGGAGAUCCUGGACACGGCGGGGACCGAGCAGUUCGCGUCCAUGAGAGACCUGUACAUCAAGAACGGCCAGGGCUUCAUCCUGGUCUACAGCCUGGUGAACCAGCAGAGCUUCCAGGACAUCAAGCCGAUGAGGGAUCAGAUCAUCCGGGUCAAGCGGUACGAGAGAGUGCCGAUGAUUCUGGUGGGAAACAAAGUGGACCUGGAGGGGGAGAGGGAGGUUUCGUCCGGCGAAGGGAAGGCGCUGGCGGACGACUGGAACUGCCCGUUCAUAGAAACUUCAGCCAAAAACAAAAUCUCGGUGGACGAACUGUUUGCGGAGAUCGUGCGACAGAUGAACUAUGCCUCAACACCAAAUGGCGACGACCAGUGCUGCUCGUCUUGUGUCAUUCUUUAAGGAAGACACGAACAACCGUCAAGUUUUAUUCUGUGCGCCGAUUUAAGUUUGCAAUGUGUGUUGCAGCAAGUGUGUACUGUUGAGCUCGUCUUCGUGUCUCACCCCGGCCUUGGAGGAAAAUGAAGGGAGGAAUGCUGCAGGGGGACCAGAGGAGGAGGGGAGCAACGGAGACAGAGGGAGGGGUCCACUCUUCAGGAAUUCUGCCGGGCUGGAGUAUCGUUGCUGCGUGAUCAGUGUCCUCCGUUGAUAUCAGCACAGCGUCAGAACCAGAGGUUCAGCAACACCACCCCAGCCCCCCUCUCAACUUCUAACCAUGCUCCCAGUUGGAAGUAACCCCCAGUGGUAAAGAUAUGGAGAGCGACACUUAUAGACGGUCAUAAAUGGAUGUUUCUGUAUAAGAAGAAGACAGAGAAUAUAUUUUGUAAUAACUGCACAACCCGGGGCAGGGAAAGAUUGGGGUGAUGUCUCUGCCUAACCCACAACACUCCAAAUCCUAUUUUUUUUUUUCCCCCAAAGCCUAAAGAGAGCGACACAUCUUCCCUGCUGGUGGAGUAAUUGUAACGAGUGCCACUUUAGGUUUUUUUUUUUCUUUCUUCUUCUCCUCUUCAGUGCAUGAGAGGACCUUAAGCGAAGGGACGGGGGGGGGGGGGGCGGUGACCUGGUCGUACUUGUGCCGAGUGCCUUUCCGAAACACAUCAGCUGUUCAGAUUUAGUGCCAACUUCACAUGUGUUACCAAAAGAACCCUACAACACGGCAAUCUACACAGUAGUAAACUGUUGUUCUGGGGUGGAGGCUGGGGAAGAAAAACUACAAUAGGCUUGUUGUUAGUGGAAUGGCAGUUUUCUUUAUGUUUUACAUUGGCCUUUUUGAAGUUUUUUUAUUUUGCAAUGUCCUCUUGGUCUGGCCAAGCCUAGGUGAUCUCUUGAAAUGCACAGGUACUGGAGCCUCCCUGUACGCGACGACUCCGAACACUUACCUACCAGACCUCUGAAAUCAAAGGUGUUCUGUUUGUUCUGUUCAAUUUGCUUUAUUUUAACAGGAAAUGUGAUCAUGUACUGUUGAUGAAUCUAACCUGAUUGUAAGUUUAAUUUCAGACCAGCUAUUUAAUUGUGGGCUGUCUGUUUUUAAAACGAAACAAGCAAACAAAAAAAACCACGAUUUUUAAUACAAAUUGCAUUUUUUAAAAAAAGCAA